AUGCCCCAAGAAGAUCUGGCAGGACAGCUGCCCCGGCGACCGCUCCAGCUCCAGCUCCAGCUGCUCAGCCAUUGGACGGUGCCCGGCACCUUUGACAAGAAGCGCACCGAGCUCGAGUCCUGGCUCUCUUCCCUCGGCGCUGGUAUCGCAAAGUCCAUCACCAAGAAGACAACCCAUCUCAUCACUACGCCAGAGGACUUCAACGCCGUCACCACAAAAGUUGCCUCUGCCCAGAAGAGCGACGUCGCCGUUGUCAGCCUGCAGUGGGCCGAGGAUUGCGAAUCUCAGGGGACCCUCCUCCCCAAAACUGGCUACGAGUAUGGUCAGCAAGCAGCCCAGCAGGCAGCUCCUGCCCCGGCAAUCAACGGGUCCAAGAAGAACGGAGCUUCAUCAAAGGCCAAUGGAUCCCAACAGAACGCCUCACAGUCGCAGUCGCAGGCCAGUGCAGCGCCCAAGGCCAAUGGCUCGAGCAAGAAGCGCACCAAGGCCGACGACCAAUCCGACAACGAGGCCGAUGCCAAGCCUAAUGUGAAGAAGCUAAAGGCCGCCACCGGAGCCAAGGGCACCAAAAAGAGCACCGGCGACGCUGAUGACAAGACCGACGUGAAGAAGCAAGCAGCAGCAGCAGCAGCAGACACCAAAGACAAGACGGCCGGCGGUAGCCAGGUCGUCUCCAAGGGACUUAACAUUCCCCUCGAUGAGGGAUGCAAGGUUCAGGGGACCGUCUACAUCGCCCCUGACGGCGUUAUUUACGAUGCAUCACUCAACCAGACGAAUGCUACGAACAACAACAACAAGUUCUAUCGCGUCCAGCUCGUUCAAAAUGGGACGACGUACAAAACGUGGACCCGCUGGGGCAGAGUCGGCGAAUGGGGCCAAUGCGCAGUCCUCGGUGACGGCACCCUCAAUGAUGCUCUCAGCAACUUUGACAAGAAGUUCAAAGACAAGAGUGGCCUGGCUUGGGCCAACCGUGGAGAUGACCCUAAGCCUAAAAACAAGAAUACCAUUCUUCGCGGAUUCCAGGCACUCAAGGACCUGGGUGCGCUCUUCAACGAUCCCACGCUUGCUGACUCCAAGUACAGCAUGACUGUACCAGCAGCAACCGAGCACCUAUCCAACCUGUACUACACCUUGAUUCCUCACGCGUUCGGCCGUAAUCGUCCUCCCAUCAUUCGGAGUGGUGACAUGCUGAAGAAGGAAAUCGAUUUGCUCGACAGUCUCUCUGACAUGAAGGUUGCGUCUGAUCUUAUGAAGGUCGAUCGCAAGGGUCACGAUGUUCACCCCGCCGAUAGACAAUACCAGGGUCUCGGAAUGGAUGAGAUGACCCCCAUUGAUCCCAAGAGCUCAGAGUUCACCCUCCUUUCCGAGUAUCUCCAGAAAACCAGGGGUGCAACCCACUCUGUCAACUACAAAGUUGAGGACAUCUUCCGCAUCGAACGGCAGGGCGAGUUGGAGCGCUUUGAGAAGAGCGAAUUCUCUUCCAUUAAGUCUGACCGGCGCUUGUUGUGGCACGGCUCUCGUGUGACAAACUACGGUGGUAUCCUUAGUCAGGGUCUGCGAAUCGCGCCCCCCGAGGCUCCGGUGACUGGAUACAUGUUCGGCAAGGGCAUCUAUCUCGCAGACAUGUCCUCCAAGUCGGCAAACUACUGCUAUUCCGGUUACUCCGGCGGCCAGGCCUUGCUGUUGCUCUGUGAGGCUGAGCUUGGCGACCCAAUGCAGAAGCUCACUAACUCGAGGUCCAAUGCGGGCGAAACCGCUCGUGCGAACGGCAUGUGGUCAACCUGGGGCCAGGGGAGAACCGGUCCGAGCCAGUGGAAGGAUGCCGGCUGCGUUAACCCAUCGCUCAAGGGUAUCAAGAUGGUGAGGAUGAUCCGCAUGCACUCUGAUACAAGAAUUGUCGCUAACGUUCAACAGCCCGACGUCAGCGUGCUGCCAGGUGACACAAACAUCCCCAACGCAUCGCUCCAGUAUAAUGAGUACAUUGCCUACAAUCUUGCCCAAGUCCGCCUCCGCUAUCUGUUCCGCGUCAAAAUGUAA